CAAUCGAGAGCUUUUGAAUUUUCAGAUCGUAGAAGAAAUCGAACUUCGAUUUCAAAGCGAUGAGACCGAUUCAAUCGCCUCCAGGAGUUUCCCUUCCGGUGAAAAGCCGUCCUCGUCGCCGUCCUGAUCUUACCUUACCGCUUCCUCAACGCGAUGUUUCUCUCGCUGUACCUCUUCCUCUUCCACCUACCUCCGGUGGCUCCGGUGGAUCUGCGCCGUCUUCUGGUGGUUCAGCGUCUUCAGCUCCGUCGACGAACACUAACAGCUCCUCAGAAGCAAAGAACUAUUCGGAUUUAGUGAGAGGUAACCGGAUCGGAAGCGGAGCUGGUGGAACGGUUUACAAAGUGGUUCACCGUCCGAGUUCUCGUCUAUACGCACUCAAGGUGAUAUACGGUAACCACGAGGAGACAGUGAGACGUCAGAUCUGUAGAGAGAUCGAGAUUUUGCGAGAUGUGAAUCAUCCAAACGUUGUGAAAUGUCACGAGAUGUUUGAUCAGAAUGGUGAGAUCCAGGUUUUGCUUGAGUUUAUGGAUAAAGGUUCUUUAGAAGGUGCUCAUGUGUGGAAAGAGCAACAAUUAGCUGAUCUAUCUCGUCAGAUUCUUAGUGGUUUAGCUUAUCUACAUAGCCGUCACAUAGUUCAUCGUGAUAUCAAACCAUCGAAUCUUUUGAUAAACUCUGCUAAAAACGUUAAGAUUGCAGAUUUUGGAGUGAGUAGGAUCUUGGCUCAGACUAUGGAUCCGUGUAAUUCAUCUGUUGGAACCAUUGCUUAUAUGAGUCCUGAGAGGAUUAACACUGAUUUGAAUCAGGGUUUGUAUGAUGGUUAUGCUGGUGAUAUUUGGAGCUUAGGUGUUAGUAUUUUGGAGUUUUACUUGGGGAGGUUUCCUUUCCCUGUGAGUAGACAAGGUGAUUGGGCAAGUCUUAUGUGUGCCAUUUGUAUGUCUCAGCCUCCGGAAGCUCCACCUACCGCGUCGCCGGAGUUUCGGCAUUUUAUCUCGUGUUGCUUGCAGAGAGAACCGGGGAAAAGGAGAAGUGCGAUGCAGCUAUUGCAGCAUCCUUUCAUAUUAAGAGCAAGUCCGAGCCAGAACAGGUCUCCUCAGAAUCUACAUCAACUCUUGCCUCCUCCUCGUCCUCUCUCCUCGUCUUCUUCUCCAACCACAUAGCGUUUUCUCUCCUCUCCCCUUGAUCAACUUACUUUUUUUUUUUUGUGUUACUAGUGUUCUUCAGUCUUUGUCCAAUUUUUGCUAAUCAAGGAGGGUCUCUGAA